AGAAUAGUGUGUUUCUUGCUUGCUUAGUCCAACAACCACAACACUGGAUUUGGGUUGUUGUACUGACGACUUCUAAAAUCAUGUUGUAUUAAAAAGGAAAUAUAUUAAAAAAAAUAGGAAGACAAAUCUGCAACAUUUCUGAGAUAUUUCUAUUAUAUAACACUUGUUAAUACAAAUCAGACUUGGACGACUUUAUUAAUCCCUGGAGGGAAGUUAAGUAGCUACAGCAACAGCAUGGAUAUUCAAUAAAGAGGUAAACAAUAAUACAACAUGGAAUACUGAUUUUAAAAAUCUAAAAUCUAAUACAGAAAAUAAAUCUAAGGAAUGUCCAAGAGUGACAGAAUGUGCAAAGGGCGUAAGAAUGUGUGGAUAAUUUUACAGACAUAAUAAAUGAAUUGACUGUAAGCUGUGAGCUCAAUUAAUGAAUGUGAUUCCCUGCAAUUAAUAAGAAGAACUUAAUAGUUUACUGAUUUUUUUCGUUUCUAAUCGAGUCAUUUUAUGUAUCGUAUUUUGAAAUAGGUACCGGAUGUAGAGAUUGCUGCAAUAGCUGCAUUAACGCUCGCUUAAUUAAAGGGUGGCUGCAGUUCCAGAGAGUGGCCGCUCGAUGACGUGUUUAUUACAGAAACGCUUUUCCCCGCCCGGCCUCCGUCCUUCCUGAUGUGGGUGUGGACACAGAUGACUACACAAAUAAUGGCGGAGAAGCUGCCAAAGUCUUCCUCCUGAAAACAGUUUCACGUCGAACAUAGUUUCACGUCCCUCUUCCGGCUGCGGAGCGUAGCUGGCAUGCUGUGUCAGGAUGGGAAAUCUGUUUGGGAAAAAGAAACAGACCCGAGUGACGGAACAAGACAAAGCUGUUCUGCAACUGAAGCAGCAGAGAGAUAAGCUGAGGCAGUACCAGAAGAGGAUCAACCUGCAGCUGGAGAAGGAACGGCUUUUAGCCAAGCAACUGCUGAAGGAUGGCAAGAAAGACAAAGCACUCCUGCUGCUGAAGAAGAAACGCUACCAAGACCAGCUCCUGGACAAGACGGAGAACCAGAUCAGCAACCUGGAACGAAUGGUUCAAGAUCUGGAGUUCGCUCAGAUUGAAAGGAAAGUCAUCGACGGGCUCAAAGUCGGAAACGAAUGUCUGAAGAAGAUGCACGAGGUGAUGUCUGUGGAGGAGGUAGAACGGAUCAUGGAUGAAACCCAAGACGCCAUCGAGUACCAAAGGCAAAUAGACGAGAUGUUGGCCGGCUCCUUAUCGCAGGAGGAUGAAGAUGCUGUUCUGGCUGAGCUGGAGGCCAUAACUCAGGGAGACGUGGAGCUUCCUGAGGUUCCUGCAGACAAACUGCCAGAAGUCCCAGAAGCUGCAGAGGAGAAGCCAGAGCGGGAACGUCCGAGGAAGAAGCCGGAGCGAGAGAUGCUCGCUGCCUAGAGCCGUCACCGACCUCCUCUCGACGACUCGCCGGCUGCUGAAGUCCUUCACAAUCCAACAAACCACACAAACAUUUAGCUGGAGAGUUCGUUCUUGUUCUCCGAUGAGGCGGAACAGCGUCGGCGGCCACGUCGGCGGCUUCCUCCAUCCCAUCCAGCGGCUGUUUGUCCUCACGUGAAGCCGGUCCGGUCCGGUUCACCGCGGCGUCCUGCAGAAACGCCGACUGGAACCACAAAGACCUGUGAGAUCAGAUCAUUGUGCCUAACCUCCAUCUGAUUACCACUAAAUCAUCUUAUUCUAACUGCAUGGCUGCUUUUUGAUUUAUCAGGUUAUCUUUGGUUUGUCAGCCUUUGAAGGGUCAGUUCAACCAAAAAUACAAAAAGACAUGCUUACCUAUUUACCUGCAGCUGGUUUUAUCUGGUUGUAUUCUGGUUUAUUUAUUCCUUUAUGCUGAUGAUAUUGUGUUUUUAGGUUACCUCUUUGUGUCAAUCUCCUGAAUUUCUUGAAAUUUGAUGCAAAAAUUCACUUAAAUGUGAACAAUAGCUGAUUACAUUUUAGCAUUCAAAGGUAACUAUGUCCUCACAAACCACACUUACAGCCGUAAUUCACCAUAAAACAGGAAUUUAAUACACUAAUUAUGAUCAAAUUUAGCUCAGAUGUCUAAACAGGGUGCGCACAUAGUAAGAAACCAGCAGCAAUGUGGCGACUGCAGAUCUUUGGUGGACAAAAAGUUAAACUAAUCUCAACUUUGAGGUGAUGAAAAUGAGGCGUCUACCAAUUCAAGCUAAGAAUAGAAUUGAUACUGAGUCCAGCAAGCAUCCUCCACAUGGAAACAAUGUCCACAAUGUUGGUUCCUAGCAUUUCAAAUGCAACAACAUUUAAAAAAACAAACAAACUGAAAAAACACGAUCGGAACUCGUACGUAAUGUUUUAUCCGUAAACUGUGUUAUGUGUGAACUUGAAGAAAGAAGAAACUCUGUAAGGAUACGGUGUCAUUGUUGAAGUGAAGCGUAGCUAGUUUCACUCUUUGACGUGGUUACCAAGGCAACCAGUACCCGUGACAUCCUCCAGCAACCGUUUUAUUUUUGGGAGGUGAUCAAUAAGAUGAAAUAAUAUAGUAACGACUUUUUACACCUCAUUUAAAAUUCAACUUUUUUUGAUUUUUGGACACUUUUGGUUGUGACUUGGCAACAAAACUCUGAAUCAGAAGGAGUGACUGUGACUAUAUUUCACAUUUGGUUGGGUAAAGUCAGCUGUUACUGGUUCGGUGAGGAUGUUAACUAAUGAGACUUAAUUCUGUAGUUCAGUUUUGCGGUUUCUUUCCUCGAGUAUAGUAGAAACUUUGCGAAGAAGGAGGCCACAGCUGCGGUUAAAAUGAGCUCAUCCUUUUUUGGACAUCUUCAGCUCUCUGUUUGUCCUCGAUCAUGACUUUUUUCUUUUCCUUAAAAUCAAGUUUGCACUCGAGGCAGUCGGUUUGAAGUUUGUUGCAGAAAUGAAGAAAUUGACGAAGUUCCUGAAUGAAAGAAGACCUUUGACCAGCUGAAAACCAGAAUGCUGCAGAAGACGAAUAUCUUGAAGUUUUAAGUUUUGUGUUUUAAAUCUGAAUUCCAGCAAACACAGCCACACUUAGUGUUAUGAGUCUUAACGGACAUACUGUAGACAGGCGGGGAAAUACAACUGCAAGGUGCUUAUUGUAGUUUUUUUUAUCAAGGUUUCAGAUAUAAUCUCUGAAUUUCUGCUUCCACCUGAAUGCAAGACAUGAACGGGAUUUCAUUUGUGACGCUCAAGGACUUUAAAAAUUAGAUUGAACUAUCUCAAUAGCAGCUUUUCUAACCAGAAGACUUAGAAAUCAGCACAAAGCCUUACUUAGAACUGCUUUCUGCAUGCCUGAAUCCAACUGAAAUGGCUUUUUAAUGUUUGCUGCAGCUUCUAUGUCAAUAUUAAGGAAAAAAUCUGAAACCAAAAGGGAACGUUUUUGCAUUGUACAUGUUUGUUUUGGUUGAAUGGUGGUGCCUUCUGUCUUUGCAAUGCCAGAAUACGUCUAUUUAAGGUAUAACUUUCACUAAAGAUCUAUUUCUGCCUCUUAAAAAUAAAAAAUCUGCAACAAAAACUUGUUUUUAAAAGAAUGACUUGAGCUGGAUUUCACAAUCAGAUAAAACUAGCUGCAUAUUUUUCUUGUAACUUGGGUGAACUGACCUUUUUUUUUGUAGAAUUAUUAUUACUAUUAUGCUCUGUAAAGUCUUAUUGUCUCACACUCCAGGCCUUAUCUCCAUCCGUGUUGCCCUUACCUGCCCCUCGCUGGAACUCUUCCCAAACUACAGAAAACACUUUGCGUCACUUUCACGAAAUAUUCGUCUCUGUCUGACCCCUUUUCGAGCAGCUUAGCUAAUCUAAUUCUGUGCUCCCCUUGUGGAUUAGUUCAGUGUCAUUGCAGAAAGGGCUAAUCAUUUCGUCCGUGGGCUUUACCUCUGCAGCCCAGACAACAGCUGGUAAUCUCCUCCACGUAAGAACUUGACAGAAUGUGGAUCUUUACCCGGCAGUAUUAUUCACGCCGUAAUUAUUUUACUGCUCACGUCAACGCUCAGAGUCGCUUUUAUAGAUACGUGUUAAACCGCGUCAACAACGGUGGCCUACAUCUGUACAGCUUAAGCAUCUCUGAAGAUCCAUCUAACUAAUCUGUAAAUCAGUUAAUCUGGCAGACAGAAAACACGAUGACUAACGCUGUCAGGCAGCAAACCGCUCGCCUCCACGUGGAAGUCGUACCUCUAUAUCUCUCUCUGUAUAUUCUUUUUACAAUAAAAGUGUUUUUUUUUUAUUGUC